CGCAUUCUUGCGCAGUAGACGGUGCACAUAGCCCACCUCUUCCAGCAGCAGCAGCGUCGGCCUGGCUAUCGGGCGUCGGCGUCGAGAUAGCGCCCUUGCUUUCGCUCGCAGCGCACUUACCCCACGGCGCUGCAAUGAGAGACGCCUCCUCGCGAGUGUCUCCAGUCCCGCAGUGGAGGGUGCUGCGGCAUACUCAGCCACGGACCAUGCUGGCUGCUAUCUGCCUCGUGCGCGCUGGUGCGCUCACACGGUGCGAGAGCUCGGCACACCAGCAAGGGCUCUUCAGCGAGGGAAGCUGCUGGCGGCGCAGCUUGGCGCAUCUCUGCUGUGGUGCAAUGCUUGCGCCGGCGCACCUUUGUGCGCCGAUCUCUCAUAUACGCCUCACUCUUGGGCAUCAAGGGGCGUCGAGCCGGAUCAGCGAUCCGGGUCAUAGGAGUCCAGGUAAGGAAGAGAGGAGGUCUGCGCUCCCUCUUGUAGAAGGGUAGGGAAGACGCGCGCGGCGCACUCUUUAGCUGCAGGUGCAGGGCCCAUUCUGCGGGGCCCCGGGCUCGACGAAAGGGUCAUGGGCGUCAGGAGUCAUCAGCAUG